AUGGCAGAAGAAGAUCAACCUUUUUACGAAAUCGAUUUAGACGAUUCUGUUUCUACUAGGUCCUACGCAUCAGUCGAUCGGGAUGAACCUAAUGCUUUUCAGAUUGCUAUUAAGCUGCCCCCGUACAAGGUUCGUGACCCUACAGUUUGGUUCAAACAGAUCGAGGACGUUUUCGCCACACGUACUAUUACUAGCGAACGUACACGUUACGCGUAUGUCGUUCAGUACUUACCCUUCGACGUCACCUAUGCAGUUCAGGAUCUUCUUUAUCCUAUUCUCUAUCCUAUCUAA